AUGUCCUACCGGGGCCCACAGAAGAAUCCCCUGGUCGUGCUUUCAGAUGGUUCUUGGUGUGGACGAGAACGGGGUGCAGAGUCCAAUGUUUUCAAGCUGGCGAACAUGAUUUGGGGAGGUGCCAGACUCCCGAAAGACGAUGAUUUCGCCCACCUUCACCCUUCAGGCAAAGCCCGUUAUGUCAACAGCACCCCCGUGGCCAGUACCUUCAUGGACCAUGUAGUUCGCGGGCUCAACGUUCAAGACAUCGAGCACCAAUGCAUCGACGCGUACGAGUAUCUCGUCCAUGGGUACACACCACAGGAAACAGAAAUUUGGCUGUUUGGAGCUUCGAAGGGGGCCUACGUCGUCCGCUCCUUGGCCGGCAUGAUCAACAACUGCGGCAUCGUGAAGCCGGUCUACCAACCGAACGGCGACGUGGACGAGGAAAAGACUCACCAGCUUUGCCAGGAGGUCUACCGCAUCUACCGAUGCCCUUCGGAGCCCAACGCGCCAAAGAGCGAGAAGUCCAGGGACUUCAGAAGGAAGAACAGCUGGGCCCUCAUCGGCGACGGGGACGUCAUUGAGCCGCCCAUCCGCUUCAUGGGAAUAUUCGACACGGUGGGCGAGCGUGGGAUUCCCGAGUUUGCCGGUUCCCUUGGCAUCGACUGGCCCAAGUUCUACGACCAGCACGUCUCGAGCGUCGUGUCCGAGGUCUACCACGCCGUCUCGCUGCACGAUCGCUUGUACGCCUUCCAACCAUGCCUCAUCUCCCGCGACACGGAGUACGGGCCGUCGUACGGCAUCAACGAGCGCUGGUUCCCCGGUACGCACUACGACAUCUGCCGGCAGCAGUUCAAGAUGGUCAGGGGCGUCCUCCCCCAAAGGCUCGAAAACGUGCUUCCCGCUUGGACUUGGGCGAGCAGGACAAUCUCGCCAAACGAGGUCCUCGCCGAUCUCGUCCUCAAGUGGAUGCUCGAGUGCAUCGACACUCACGACCCUUCGGGCUUCAUCAUCCCCAAGGGCAAUAUAUCUCGUGAACUAGACAGACUCAAAGACUGCAUUCUUAAAGGGGAAGAUGUUGGCGAAGGGGAUGUCUACAACCGCAUUCUGCAGUUCGCCCCCUUUGGAAGGUAUCUAGAUCUGGCGUUGUCGACCGCCUUUGGGAAAUGGCAGAACACGCAGCUGUACCAGUUGGUCUUUGCCUGUAGACCAAGGUCCAUCCCCGAGUUCAACGCCUCCGUGUACAACUACAGAGGACCCGAUCCCGAUCUGGACGGCAGGAUCAUUCAGAAGUUGGCCGACCUUCCGUCGAGCUCGACGCCGGCCGACGAGCAGGCUGAGACGCGAUAUCCUUCAACCUCAUACGAUGAAUGGUUGCUGAAACGAUAG